AUGAGUUUGACUUUAAUACUUUUUUUAAUAGGAAUCUUAGGGUUCGUAUUUAAUAGAAAAAAUAUCAUAUUAAUGCUUAUUUCAAUCGAAAUAAUGCUAUUAUCUAUAACUUUUUUGAUAUUAGUAAGCUCUGUAAAUAUGGAUGACAUAAUAGGGCAAACUUAUGCUAUAUAUAUUAUAGUUAUUGCUGGAGCUGAAUCCGCAAUAGGUUUAGGUAUUUUAGUUGCUUUUUAUAGAUUAAGAGGAAGUAUAGCAAUAGAAUAUAAAUAA